CGGGAGAGGCGGAGGGCCCGGCUUCCACUGCGACUUCAGCGGCCUGGUUGGGUUUUUUAUUAUUAUUUUCAAAUUUCUGAAUCCAGCUGGAGGGAGAGAGCGAGAGAUCUCCGUAGACUGCGAUUUACUGCCUCUUGCUCCAAGAUGAUGCAGAGCGCGGCUGUCCCCGCGGAGGGGGCUGUCAAGGGGCUCCCAGAGAUGCUCGGUGUGCCUAUGCAACAGAUCCCCCAGUGUGCUGGUUGCAACCAGCACAUUUUGGACAAGUUCAUCCUGAAGGUCCUGGACAGACAUUGGCAUAGCUCCUGCCUCAAGUGUGCAGACUGCCAGAUGCAGCUGGCUGACAGGUGCUUUUCCAGAGCCGGAAGCGUCUACUGCAAGGAAGACUUCUUCAAGCGCUUUGGCACAAAAUGCACAGCCUGCCAGCAGGGCAUCCCCCCGACCCAGGUGGUUCGCAAGGCCCAGGACUUCGUCUACCACCUGCACUGUUUCGCCUGCAUCAUCUGCAACCGGCAGCUGGCCACUGGGGAUGAGUUCUAUCUCAUGGAGGAUGGGCGGCUUGUUUGCAAGGAAGACUACGAGACAGCCAAGCAGAACGAUGACUCAGAGGCCGGAGCUAAGAGGCCACGGACCACCAUCACAGCAAAGCAGUUGGAGACGCUAAAGAAUGCCUACAAGAACUCCCCAAAGCCUGCCAGGCAUGUGCGGGAGCAGCUCUCCUCUGAGACAGGGCUGGACAUGAGGGUGGUACAGGUUUGGUUUCAGAACAGAAGGGCCAAGGAGAAACGUCUGAAGAAGGAUGCAGGGCGGCAUCGCUGGGGGCAGUUCUAUAAGAGCGUCAAGAGGAACCGGGGAGGCAGCAAGCAGGAGAAGGAAAGCUCAGCUGAGGACUGUGGGGUUAGUGACAGUGAGCUGAGCUUCCGAGAGGAUCAAAUUCUCUCAGAACUUGGCCACACCAAUAGGAUUUAUGGCAACGUGGGGGACGUUACAGGCGGACAGUUAAUGAAUGGGAACUUCUCCAUGGAUGGGACAGGACAAUCCUAUCAGGACUUGAGGGAUGGGAGCCCCUAUGGAAUCCCCCAGUCUCCAUCCUCCAUAUCGUCCCUGCCAUCCCACGCUCCCUUGCUCAAUGGGCUGGAUUACACGGUGGACAGUAAUCUGGGCAUCAUUACGCAUGCAGGGCAGGGAGUAAGCCAGACACUGAGAGCCAUGGCUGGGGGACCCACCUCUGACAUCUCCACAGGAAGCAGUGUAGGCUACCCUGAUUUUCCAACUAGUCCAGCCUCUUGGCUCGAUGAAAUGGAUCAUCCUCCUUUUUAAGCUUCUCUCCUCCCUACUUUACCUGCCCUCGCUACUUGAGAGAAUAUCUUCAAGGAUCAAAAGAGACUUGCCUCUUAAGGAUCAAAAGUACAGCAAUGUGAAUUUCCAUUAUUUUCAAUGGAACUCCUCCACCAUUCCUAGAAGGCUGUGUGACCACACUAGGACACCGCUUUCUUGGGAGGUGGAGGAAGAGCAGCUUCAUCUCAGCCACAGCACAGGGGUGGACAUCCUAGAGCUCUAGGGAUGCUGGCUUGUUGGCUCCCUCCCUUCCCACCAUGCUUAGAGGCUUUGGCUGCUCAGUGCUUUGACAGCACAAGGUGACUUUGACAGGCCACCUUGGCCUUUGGGAACUCUACUCCUGCUGGUGCAUCUCACUAUACUUUCUAAACCACUGCUCCCACCAGAACCAGGAUUCCUAAGGUAAAGGCAUCAUGACCUUGUGAUAUCUGGACCACUCUGCACCCUAAUUUUCAAAAUAAAGUCAGUUAUUAAAGGCCAGUAAAAACACGGAUGGCCACAGUUUGAUA